GAGCACCCGCAAAGCAGGCGGAAUCGUCUCGGGAUCUCUCUGUCCGUUAGCCCAAGCUGCCACUACUUAUGUCCUCCUAGUCACUUUCUCUUUCUCACCACCAUCUCCAAUGGCUUUUCGCAUAUCCUCGUCCCUAUGGGAGAGGGUUCACCACUUUGCCUCCUUUCCACAGACUGGCGUCUCUCUCCAGCAGAUGGUCUUGUUCGGUCAGAAUCCUAGCCAGGGCACUCUGCUCAAAGCCAGCCAGUUUCUCCUAGAGGAAUUGCCAAUACGGCUCGCUCACAGAAUCAAGGAGCUCGACCAGCUUCCCCACAAUCUCAGCGACAUGCCGUCAAUACAAAAGGUCAAGAACUGGUAUGGUCAGUCCUUCGAGGAGCUCAUUGCAUUUCCACCAAUACGCCUCCCGCCUCACAUCCGACAAGCUCUCAUGACUCCUCCACCCGAUUACCACCAACUACCCGAAUCCAUCCCCAAUCCCUCCUUGGUCUACACUGGCGACGACUACCCCGCCCUCGACCUUACCGGCUCCCUAUCCAAAUAUACAAACGGUUUCAAUAACAACAACAACAGCAACAGCAACAACAACGGAAACGCCAAUACUCACCAUAAAAUGCGUAUACCCAUGGAACGAAGAUACUAUGCCAACACUUCUGGCAUCACUUGGCCUCCCGAAAUUCGCGACUAUAACCGCCGCUUCACAAAAUCCCUUGAAACCAUAAAGAAACGACACGACCCGACCGUCACCACCGUCGCCCAGGGUGUGUUGGAAUGGAAACGAAGUUGCAAAGCGAGAAACAUCAAUCUCGACGUGCAACAUUGGCUGGAUCGCUUUUACAUGUCGCGUAUCGGCAUUCGUUUCUUGAUCGGUCAACGAUUAGAUAUUGCCCUGAACACCCUUCAGCCGCAUCCGGACUAUGUUGGCAUCAUCUGCACUCGAUCGAAUGUACAUGAGAUCGUUCACGAGGCAAUUGAGAACUCGCGUUUCGUCUGUGAAGAACACUAUGCCAUGUUCAAGGGUCCGCCAGUACAACUCAUCUGCCCCAGAGACCUCGCAUUCCCCUAUGUCCCGGGCCACCUCUCGCACAUUGUCUUUGAACUCCUCAAAAACUCCCUCCGAGCGGUCGUCGAACGCUUCGGCCCCGACAAGGAGGAUAUGUUCCCACCUAUCAAGGUCAUAGUUGUAGAAGGAAAAGAGGACAUUACGAUCAAAAUUAGCGACGAGGGAGGAGGUAUCCCGAGAAGUGCUAUUCCGUUAAUAUGGACGUACAUGUAUACCACCAUGGAGGGCCAGAGUUUGGAGCAGGAUUUCCAGGCGAGCGAUUUCAAGGCGCCCAUGGCUGGCUUCGGAUACGGCUUGCCCUUGUCGAGAUUGUAUGCGCGGUACUUUGGUGGUGACCUUCGACUGAUAUCUAUGGACGGGUUCGGGACGGACGUCUACAUUCAUUUGAACAAGCUCUCGAGUUCAAGGGAACCUCUACCGUAGUCGCGCCCCGAGGUUCCCGUAGUCGCGCCCUUCAUCGCCUUCCCAUCUCAUUUCAAAACCACUUCGUCCCGUGCACACGUUAAUUCUCCCGCAUCUCACCUGCAUUAAUUUCCCGAGACACUUUACGCUUCAUCCACGAUCUACCCGACGAACGCUACCCAUACUUCAACGAUUCCAACACAUAGCUUGGAUCCCCCGAUCUCAUAUCUGUUCUUUUUGGGCUCCAACUCAUUUGUACUUUUUACUACUACGGUUUUUACCCCUCCUCGACCGAAUUCACGUUUUCUUCAUCUUGCAUCGUACGUUCAAGUAUACAUAUAUAUACUCAAUUGUACUAUCAUUGUAGCUAUAUAGUAGCCUUUUGCCAUACUCUUUUGC